UCCCUCCAACCUGCUCCUUCCUCUCGUUCCUUUAUUCUCCCGCUUGCUCGCUGUCUUCUCGCUUCCUUUCUAUCUAUCUCUCCCUAUCUGUCCUUUUAACUGAGCCACUUAAAUCUACUCCUCGCAGUCAAUACCCCAACCAACCAUGGCCGAAGCAAAAGAAGCAGUCUUCGACAUCCCAAAAGAAUGCAAGGCCGGAGUUGUCGUCAAUGAAGGUCCCGACUUCCACGUCGAAGUGCAAAUGGUGCCAGUUCCUGAAAUCAAACCUAAUGAAGUCUUAAUCAAGCUCAACGCAACGGGAAUCUGCCACUCAGACAUCCACUUCAUGAUAAACGACUGGGCGCUCCCUAAGAUGAGUGUGUUCGGUACUAAGUGCGCGGGACACGAGGGUGCGGGCGUGAUUGUGAAGGUGGGAAGUGAUGUUAAGAAUUUGAAGGUUGGAAUGAGGGCUGGAUAUAAACCCAUCCAAGACACCUGCGGCGUCUGCUCCCUCUGCCGAUCCGACCUUGAAUGCUACUGUGCAAAAGCCGUCCUCACCGGGCUCAUGGUCGAUGGCUCCUACAAACAAUAUAUCGCCUCCCCAGAACGCUACACCACACUCCUCCCGGACGGCGUCUCCGACUACAUAGCAGGUCCUAUUAUGUGCUCCGCCUCCACCAUCUAUACCUCGAUCAAGGACUCCGGACUCCAACCCGGGGACUGGGCCGUCUUCCCAGGCGGCGGCGGCGGUGUCGGCAUGCAAGGCGUGCAACUCGCAAAAGCCAUGGGUCUGCGGGCCGUAGCCAUCGACACCGGAACUGACAAGCAGAAUCUGUGUCUCGAGACAGCAGGCGCGGAGCAUUUUAUUGACUUCAAAAUAACACCUAACGUCGCGGAGGAAGUCGUCCGGCUUUGCGACGGGAUCGGCGCACACGCGGUAUUCGUGACGGCAGUACAGCAAUACCCAACCGCCUUCUCUCUGCUCGGGACCAGAGUGGGUGGCAAGAUCAUGUGUAUUGGACUCCCGCCAGCAGGAACCCAGCAUAUUGAUGUUGAUCCGAAUCAGAUGGUUUUUAGGAAGUGGAGUGUCCAGGGCACGCUCGUAAGUAAUAUGCGGGAUGUGGAUAAGACGUUGGAUUUUGCGAAGAGGGGGCUUUUAAAGCCCAUUUAUACUGUUUAUGGGAUGAGCCAGUUUGAUGAGGCUGUGCAGAAGCUGAGGAAAGGGGAGGUUGCGGGGAGGGCGGUUGUAGAUUUUAAUAUGGAGUAG